AUGGCAGCAAGUGAUCAUAGUGGCCUUCCUCUUAUUCCACUAUCCCCUAUUGCUCAAUCGUACAUUCUCUGCUCGAAUGCUCUUUCGCAAGCAUCUGAAAAACUAAAUGAAGCUAAACAAAAGAUUCCAACGGUUGAUGAUACAACACGUCUUAUACGAAAUGUAGAAGUUGAAAGACUGCGACUUGAUACACUAGCUCGAAAGAUGCAAUCUGUUGAGGCAGCAACUGCUUUCUUUUGGGAUUCAGAUACGCUAGCUCGUCAAAUAGCUAUUAUCGACUGCCAGUUAUAUACCAGUGUAUUGUUGAACAAGAGAGCACUUUUACAAUUAGACCAGAAGCAGACAAAGCUUUCUCAUCUUGUUGACUUCCACAGAUACUUGACUCACAGUAUGGCUCAUCAGCUCAUCUACUGGGCUGAACUCACUAAACCCAACAACACUUCUACACCUGCUGUUGUACCACCUGUUCGUCCAAAGGAUAGUCUCGUUGCGCACUUGAUACGAGUUGCCUAUCUACUCUUGCAUGCCUAUCGUGACUUUUCUGGGUUUGCUGCCAUCAUGAAGGCUCUUACACUGCCUGAAAUCCGCCGAUUAAAGAGAAUAUGGCAACCAUGUUCUUCACGUACCAAGGAAAUGUUCCGUGAUUUGGCUCAAAUUAUAUCCCCUGCCAACAACUACCAGGCCUACCGGAAUGUUCUUCGCAGUAAGCUUGAGCUCUAUCUUUACAUUCACCAUCGCAAAGAAGGCAGCAAUAGUAGCGGUAAUAUGAUGAUUGCCAUUCCGUGGAUUCAAGCUCACCUCUCGUCUAUUCAGUCGAUUGUAACCAUCUAUACUGCUGGUGAUAAUGAAGACCAGCAGAUGUUGGGUGGAGAUAUUGUGUUGUCUACCCCUGGAGCUCACAAGAUGGAUAUUGAAAUCUCCAUUUUAGAACUUUGCCAGCGCAAUUCUACCAUUAGCGAUUCUUUAUUGGAGGAUAUACUCUCGAAUUCUUCAAGUGAUAAAAAGAAAAGUCAAAGAUCGUCAAUAGCUGCAGCAUCAAAACCUAUUCACCUCGAAGGUCUUCGCACUGCCGUCAUUCCGACAUCUAACUUGAACCACCUUGCACCCGGCGACCUGCUUGUGCAUCACUGGCUUGUGUCUCGUGUUUACCUUCGUAAAGAUCAACUGAUCGAUGAAAGUAUGGAAGUCGAACCUUUGAAGCAAGGGGAACAAAUUGCUUGUGAAGAGGAUGACCUUUUCGACGUUCAGAAAUAUAUGCCACCAGUUAGUGCUUCAAUUUCAAGACGUACAAGCUUCGUAUUACAAACAUCUCCGACUCUUGGUGGCAACGAAGUUGAGAUGGUUGCAGAAAAUGACGUAUCGGAAGAAGAUGUUGUUGUCAACCAGAAAUCCAUCGACCCAAGUUCAGAACUCAAGGAUAGUAACCAUGAUGAUGAUAGUGAUGACGAAAACAGUAGUCAUGAUAACAACAACAACGACAACAGCAAUGACAACGGCGGAGUAACUGAAGCUCCAAAAGCAGAAAGUCUAAAACCUAAUACUGAUAAUAAUAAUAAGAGUAAUAAUAAUAAUGAAGCAUCAGUCAAACACGAGGUUACACCACAUCAGAUACAUAACCAAGAUGAAAAGAGCACACCAGAAACUUCCAAGGAAGUGGAACACAGUGAUAAGAAGGAAUCACCAAAAGAAAAUGAAGGAAAGAGCACCUCUGUUGCUUCCAAGACGUCAACUGCAGCCAGUAAACCAAAAUCAACCCUGUCUCCAACUGCACGAGAAUUCAUACCUCACGGAUUGAUCAAGGCCAAGGCUCAGAGCAACACAUCAUUGGCAUCAGAAGAAAAAUGGUCAGGAUAUCCAGUGAAUGAAGAUGACGACAAUGACUCAGAGACAUGGAAAGGAUACCCUGUUCCAAAAUCAGGUAGCUUAAUCGAAGAAGAAGACGAGGAAGAGGUCUGGAAGGGUUAUCCUGGACCUAAUAGCAGCACAGACAGUCCAAGGAGAGCAUCAUCUCAGUCAGAAACAUCUGAAGAAUGGAAAGGGUAUCAUGCUACAAAAAUGGAAGCGGUCUGGCAAAGAGAAAGCGCAAUGAAAGUUCAAGAGUAUGAAUGGCAAGGCUACACUCUAGAAACUUACAAUGAAGAUGAACUUGAUUCUAGUACUAUGAUGGAUGGUGAGUUUGAAAAGUCUCGAAAAGCGCGCGGACAACAAGGUAACGGAGACAAGCUGUUGGAGGACUUCCAGAGAAACAGAAAUGUGAUGAUUAAAUAA